UGCUACAAAGAAGAUGACUACAAAAAUGAACUAUCAUAUUUUACUUUUCCUGGCGCUAGCUGUGUUUGUAGUAUCUGAAAAUCAAUGCAAAGAGAGUAGAUCUGACAGUGGAAAAGAGUACAAUUUUACAAGUUGCGACGCUGAAACACACAAACAUUUACAACUGAGUCAACUAAACAUAAGUCCAUAUCCAAUAAUACGUGGAAAAUGUCUUCAUGUCAAAGGACUUUUGCAUGCAAGUAGUAAAAUAGACUGGGCAAUCAUAAAAUUCAAAGCAGUCUAUAAACUUCACAAAGGUCCCAUUCAACUUAACAUCACAAUAAUUGACGAGCAACUCAAUUUCUGUGACUUUUGCGUUGAAGCAAUACAACAUUAUUGCCCUGUUCUUCCUGGAGUGUAUCAUAUUAAUGAGCCUGUUGUUAUUCCAAGUAUAUUUUGGACAGGUGAAUAUGAAAUGAGAGUUUCCAUUUUCAAUGACAAAAAUGACAAGUUAUUUUGUGGGAAAGCAUUUCUCCAUAUUAAAUAAAUAGACCUUCACAUGUCUUGAAACACAAAUAAAUAAAUAA